UAACCAACCCCUUUCUUUUCCUCCAUUUCUCAACUACCAAACACAACACUUCACUCUCGAUUCUCGAAUUUUGACUCAAUAAUGGGAACGGCGGCUGCGGCGGUGGAGAUAUCCGAGCCUCUGCUACAGCAGGAUGAGGCUGCCCCGCUCGAUUUGGACGAGCCAAUUCCCGACUGGAAAGAGCAGAUUACCAUCAGAGGACUAGUUGUGAGCGCCGUCUUGGGCGCUCUCUUCUGCAUAAUCACGCACAAGCUCAAUCUCACGGUCGGGAUCAUCCCCUCGCUCAACGUCGCCGCCGGUUUGCUCGGCUUCUUCUCCGUCAAAUCCUGGACCAGCUUUCUGACCAAAUUGGGAUUCUCCACCAAGCCAUUUACCCGCCAAGAGAAUACCGUUAUUCAAACUUGCGUUGUGGCUUGCUAUGGACUCGCCUUCAGUGGGGGAUUUGGAUCUUACUUGCUGUCUAUGGAUGAGAAAACGUAUAAAUUGAUUGGUGAAGAUUAUCCGGGUAAUCGUGCGGAGGAUGUGAAGGACCCUGGGUUGUUGUGGAUGAUGGGCUUCAUCUUUGUUGUUAGUUUUCUGGGGCUGUUCAGUCUCGUUCCUCUUCGAAAGGUUAUGGUCUUGGAUUAUAAGCUCACCUAUCCGAGUGGAACUGCAACGGCUAUGUUGAUUAAUAGCUUCCAUACACACACCGGAGCUGAACUUGCCAAAAAGCAGGUGAAUAGCCUUGGGAAAUAUUUAAGCAUAAGUUUCUGUUGGAGCUUCUUUAAAUGGUUCUUCAGUGGCGUUGGGGAUUCAUGCGGAUUUGAUAACUUCCCCACCUUUGGUUUGGCACUGUUCAACAAUACGUUUUAUUUUGACUUCAGCCCUACUUAUGUUGGAUGUGGACUAAUUUGCCCUCACUUAGUCAAUUGUUCUGUUCUCCUUGGAGCCAUCAUAUCAUGGGGUUUUCUUUGGCCAUUUGUUUCUACGAAAGCAGGUGAUUGGUAUCCAGCGGGUCUUGGAAGCAAUGAUUUUAAAGGUCUCUAUGGAUACAAGGUGUUUGUAGCCAUUUCCCUUAUUCUUGGAGAUGGGAUCUACAAUUUGAUCAAGAUCAUAUAUGUAACUAUAAAGGAGAUGAGUACCAAACGCCAAAGUCUUCCUACCAUUACUGAAGUUAUAGAUAGCAACACUUCCAAGCUGCUAUUGGAAGAAAAGAAACGUGAUGAAAUUUUCCUUAGAGACAGAAUACCGUUUUGGGUUGCUGUUGCUGGAUAUGUUUGCUUGGUGGCAGUAUCUAUGUCUACAAUGCCACUGAUAUUUCCACCUCUGAAGUGGUAUUUAGUCCUUUGUUCAUACAUAAUAGCCCCAGCCCUUGCCUUCUGCAACUCAUAUGGUACUGGACUAACAGACUGGAGCCUGGCUUCCACAUAUGGCAAAAUUGGUCUUUUCAUUAUUGCCUCAAUUGUGGGAAGCAAUGGUGGGGUUUUGGCUGGUUUGGCAGCUUGUGGUGUUAUGAUGUCCAUUGUCUCCACAGCUGCUGAUUUGAUGCAAGAUUUUAAAACUGGUUAUCUUACAAAGUCGUCAGCUAAGUCUAUGUUUGUGAGCCAAAUAGUUGGAACAGCCAUGGGCUGUGUGAUUGCACCCCUCACGUUUUGGAUGUAUUGGACUGCCUUUGACAUUGGAUCGCCCGAUAGUCCAUACAAAGCACCAUAUGCUGUUAUUUACAGGGAAAUGGCCAUUUUGGGGGUUGAGGGCUUCUCUGAACUUCCUCAGCAUUGUCUAGCCAUCUGUACUGGUUUCUUUGUUGCUGCCCUGGCUAUAAACCUUUUGAGAGAUCUAACCCCGAAAAAUAUUUCCCAAUACAUUCCCAUCCCAAUGGCAAUGGCAGUGCCAUUUUACAUAGGAGCUUACUUUGCAAUCGACAUGUUUAUUGGUACUGUGAUAUUGUUCAUAUGGGAGCGCAUAAAUAGAAAGGAGGCUGAAGAUUAUGCAGGCGCCGUUGCCUCUGGCUUAAUCUGUGGUGAUGGGAUAUGGACAAUCCCUUCUGCCAUUCUCUCAAUCUUCAAGGUUGAUCCACCCAUCUGCAUGUACUUCAAGCCUUCCGGAAGUAGCUGAACGAGGAUGGGAUAUUGUAGCAAAAAUUACUCAUGAUUUGUCUUAGGGAAUCUUUGGUGCGGGAUGGGUUAAUCGAUGCUACACGUGAUGAAAUACACCGAGUGUCCGAGUGUGGUAUUGGCCGUUCGAACACACUGUCUUAUGAAAGUAUUAGUAAUAUUGAGCAAUUAGGUAUGAUGAAUUUUUGUGGGUUAUUUUCCCUGAUUCAUAGGAGAAUGCUCCCACACCCCUGUCUCUUUUUCUUUAUGACCUUUUCCUUUAUUCUUGCUUUUUACUAUAUGUUGUAUGUAUAAUAUUUUUUCUAUAUCGCAUGGUUCAUUCUUUGAAA